AUGACCUAUCGUGUCUACGCCUGCGGCUCCAACGGAAACUUCCAGCUCGGGCUCGACGACAACGAGGACCGCAGCCGGCUCCAAUGCGCCCAAUUUCAGACUGAAGAAGGCCGCACCACAUACCUAAACGUCAGGCCCAUCAAGAUUGCCUGUGGUGGAAACCACACGCUCGUGCUUCUGGAGAACGGACAGGUUUUCGGGGCUGGCUCAAGCCGUCAUGGACAGCUGGCCUGUUUUCAAGAAUAUUUGCCUGUUUUUCGAAAGCUCGAUCUUCCGGUCAAGGUCAAAGACGUGGUAGCAGGCUGGAACUACACCGUAUUCAUUUCAGCAGAUGACGAGGUGUAUACCUGCGGACAGGGCUUUACAGGCGAGUUGGGGCUCGGGAAAACACAUCUUGAGGCUCUGCCGACCAAAAUAGUGUUGCCAGACAACGGCCGCAUCGUCAAGGCCGGGUCCUCGCUCCACAACGUCGUUAUACAGUUUGAGAACGGAGAGCUCUAUGGCUUUGGAAAUAAUAAGAAGGGCCAGCUGCUUGACGGACCCAAAGUGCUAUGGAUUCCUACGAAGCUUCCUAUGCAUGCUUGCGAUUUUGCGCUAGCACGCGAUUUUGCUGUGUUUUUGAGCGACGGGCGGCCGCUUCUUCAAGGAAAAGACCAGCACGGAAUAGCAGAACGGCUCCAAGCUGUUAACCAUGUAGACCGCAUCUGGGCCAUGUGGAGCUCUGUUCAUCUUCUCUCUGGCCGGCAACUUGUCUCAUAUGGGAACAACUCGCAUGGCCAACUGGCUCCUGCCACUACCGUCGACAAGCCCUUGAAAAUUGCUAUUGGAAGCGAACACGGUCUUUUGGCUGAAGAAUUCAAGGUAUUCGCCUGGGGAUGGGGAGAGCACGGGAACUGCGGCGAGCACCAGACAAGAAAAGCAGGCGUCACGUUUGACUACAUGAACGAGAUCUACACUGAACGACAUGCCGUCGCGGAUGUGUUUGCGGGCUGCGCAACGUCGUGGGUAGUUGCCCAGUGCAGCGAGAACGUCUAG